AUGGCAGCUCGAUACAAUUCUUACGAUUCUAGAUCAUCGUCAUCUUACUCAGUGAACUCAGAUCUAUCUCCCUCCGCCGAAUUGAAAAAGCCAUCUUCAUCCAAGGCCAUUGUCAGAUCCAAACCUUCCUACUUAACCAAAACAGCUAAACCCGAUAAUCCUGGAAAACUCACUUGUAUGAUGAAGAAGCUGAUGGAGAUGAAGAAGACUAAUUCCAGGACCAAGCUAGUGAUUCCCGAGGAACUGAAGAAAAUUGAUACUGUGAAAGGAGGAGGAGGGAAGAGCACAUUGGGAACGCUGCAGAGGAAGCUGUUCGGGAAGGAGAAAGCCAAGGCCUUGACAGAGGUCAAAGGGAACACCAGGACUCUCUCUAUGGUUCUCCGCAGCGAGAGGGAGCUUCUGAGCAUGAACAAGGACCAGGAGAUGGAAAUCUCUGAGCUUCAGUUUCAGCUUGAAGAGAAGAACAGAGAAGUGGAGAAGUUGAAGGAUCUGUGUUUGAAGCAACGGGAGGAGAUAAAGUCGCUGAAGAGCGCAAUUCUGUUUCCGGAUGCGACGAACAGCCAAGUGCAGGAGCUGAAUCAGGCAAGGCAAAUCAUCCCUGACCUUCAAAAGCAGGUCAUUUCACACAAUGGCCAGCUCCAAUGCAUUGCUCAAGACCUUGCUGAGGUGAAGGCAAACAAGUGCUCGUCAGAAAGCUGUUACUGGCAAGCACAGACGUCUUCUUAUGAUUCAUUGGAAUUUAGCUCAGGAAGCCCUGAUGGAUUGGAUCUAGAAGAUCUAAAUCCAUGCCUAACCCCUUAUACCAAGACGAAACCCAAGGAGUUUGAGAGGGUUGAUUCAGCGGAAGAGAGCUUAUCAGGGAGAAGCACUGUGACAACAACAACAACAACAACAGGAGGUAAAGUAAGAUCGAGUUCAACAAGUGUAAAGCUGUCAAGGAGCUCAGAGGGAAAGUCAGGGCAGAGAUCAGAGGAGAGAAAAGGAUGCCUCCCGGCUCUGCUUGGGCGCAACGGUGUGGUGGCUGUGACCAAUGUGCAUAUGACUGAUGAAGAGACCGAGAAGCUUCAGAGAUCAGCUAAGACUAUAUUGGAUAUGCAGAGCCAAUUGGGAGUUUGA